GCCAAGCAGCGAGGCGUUUUGAGCCCAACCUCCCUCCUUCUCCGGAGAAGGAAGACAGGAACCGGCUCGGGCAAGAGAGAGGUUAGGAGCCAGGAAACCCCGUGGGCGCCGAACCAAGAAACCUGCCUGUCUCGGCCUCUUCCUCGGGGUUCAUCUUCGCGGGUCGGCUGCAGAGGAGGAGGAGGAGGAGGAGGAGGAGGAGGAAGGAUCUCCCGCCUGGCCGUCUGUGGGUGGAUUGCUAAACUUACGAAUGGGUGGAUUCACCUCCCUGCUGAGUCCUGCCGCGGAUCGGAGCUGAAACCGCCUUCUCUCUUUCCCCAGAUUUGGGCAGAGGAGCGAAUGGGAGACCCUUUGUUAAUGUUUGCACGUAGACUUUCAGGCAAGGCUUGAAAGUACCCACCAGCACCUUGAGGAGAUUCCUUAUGUUUUGGGGUACUGUCAUUUCCAUCCCAUUCUGACACAGAGUGGCUGAAAUCCAAGUGGAACAGAGUCUUUCUCCUGAAUCAGGUGUGGAAUAGUGAUCCAGCACGCCGUUGAUUCCGUGGGUUUACUCCAAAAUCGUUUCUGAAAGAGGCUUGUAAGACAACAAAACACAACAGGAAGGAUAUAAAUCCCUACCAGAUCAAAACAAGUUACAGAAGCAUGGCCAACUCUUUCCCAGCCCAGGAAGGUUACUUCCCACUGCUACUGACUGCAAAUGCAUUGGAAGAAGAAGUGGGAAAUAACAGCAAUAUCAGGAGGAUGAGUUUGUCAGACUUGGAUAACACUGAAGAUUCAGCCCAGACUAUUAACCAUGAUGUGAACCUUCAUGAUGCUACAACUUUGGGAUCAUAUACAAUAAAUGCAGAGAAAAAGAAUUUGGAGAUGAUGGACGCCUCAGCUUUAAGUUGCAGCUUAGCCAGUUUGAACACAACACGAUUUCCUAGUUCGAGUUUAUUAGGGAUAUUUUCAUCAGAUGUUAAUGACUGGACCCUAACAAACCAGGAUUUGUUCUUGGGCGUGGAUGCAAAUGGAUUUGAUGAAGUAAACCUGACAUCUUUAGCCUGGGAGGAAAAAAAUGAUUCACUGGAAGCUUCCUGCCUUUUGAAAGACUCUGAUUCUGAGUCAAACUUUUCCUUAGACUUGACUCACAGCAGUUCAUCAUUUGAUUUUACCUGUGAUAGUGAUACAGAAUCUUUGAUACAUGAUUUAGGAAUGGUAGGAGGUUACUCCCUAAAAUAUAGCCAGUAUGGUUGCACAGAUUAUCAAAGUCAUUAUGGACAAGGCACAGAAUCACUUGUAAAUGUGCUUCAUGACCACACAUACAGCCAGAGCACACAUCAGGAGACAUCCUCUAUGUCAGAGAAUGAUAUAUGGCUGGAGAAAUUAAGUAAAGGCACAAUGAGGAACCUAAGUAAAAUAAAUAGAAACCCAGGCCAUGAUGAAUACUGUGCAAAAGCCUUGAGGAUCCCAUUUGCCAUAAAGGAUAUUGUGUCUUUGCCCGUUGAUUCCUUUAAUAGCAUGUUGUCGAAAUAUUGUCUGACAGAUAAUCAACUUUCACUCAUUCGUGACAUAAGACGGCGAGGGAAAAACAAAGUUGCUGCUCAAAACUGCCGCAAGCGUAAACUGGAUGUAAUUAUGAACCUGAAAGAUGAUGUAUGUCACCUUCAAACAGAAAAGGAAAAGCUUAAAAGACAAAAGACGAAGCGCAAUAGAUCAAUUAGCAGUAUAAAGCAAAAAAUAAAUUUUCUUUGUUGGGACAUUUUCAAUAGACUAAAAGGUGAUAAAGGAAUACCUGCUAACUAGAUCAAUAUACUCUAUCCAGUGUUACCCCGCUACUUUGCAGUUUGCUUAUUGCGGACUUGCUGUUUCGCUGGUUUUUCCU